AUUAUACAAUAUUCGAUUGUGUGAAUACUCUUCCGAUCCAUUUACAUCAUUCGAUUCAUUGAGUUUCGGAAUUAAGCUUUGAUAGAAAGUUCGAAAUAAAUAUAAAUUUGAGAUUAGAGAUAAAAGGACCAAUCUAAGAGGAAAAAUGAGUUUGAGUAAACUUGUUUUUAAUUAAUCGAGGGUGAUUGAAGGGAAUUGCCUUGGAGGCAAGUUCAAGGUAUUCCAAUUCGGUGGUCAUCGCAGGACAUCGUCAUUACGCUUGACGAUUUGCGUGAUACGACCUGUCGACGCUAUUGAACUGUUGAAGGGCAGUGGUGUUCUCGACGCCGCCUACUUUUGAUUCCUGGACGUUUCACUUAUAAUGUCAACCAGAUAUCUGAAACGAUGGUGCGCGGUCUGUCGCAGUGGACCAAGACCCUAAGCUUUCCGGCGAGGGUGUCACCUCAGAGACCCGCCAAGGAGUCCAAGGUUUUCCACGUAAGCCCCAGUGCUAGCCCCACGUCACCGCCCAGCCCAAUCAACGACACCAUGGACAAAGCGCCUAUAAUUACCGAUGAGAACUUCCAAGACACGGAGGCAGAAAAGGCAAUAAUGGGCUCCAUCGUAUACUGCAUACAUCACAAGGACGGUUGCAAAUGGUCGGACGAGCUGAGGAAGUUGAAGGCACACCUGAAUACGUGUAAACACGAUGCGAUUCCUUGCGGCAAUAAAUGCGGGGCGAUGAUACCUCGCGUACUCAUGGAGGAUCAUCUGAAGUAUACCUGCGCUCAGCGUAGAGCUCGUUGCGACUUUUGUGCCAAAGAAUUUACCGGACACACUUUAGAGAAACACACGGGGACAUGCGGUUACGAGCCUCUUUAUUGCGAAAACAAAUGUGGUAUGAAGGUGCAAAGGCGACACCUCGGCCAACACAAGCUGGGAGAGUGUGCCAAAAGACUAGUCGCCUGUCGUUACUGUAACAAAGAAUUCGUUUUCGAUACGCUCGGCGCUCAUCACGCGAAAUGCGGUCGAUUCCCAGUAGCAUGUCCUCAUCGUUGCGAAACCGCGGUGCUACCCCGAGAGGAUCUCGAGGUUCACCUGAAGGAUCAUUGCACCACGCAUCUGCUUUCUUGCACGUUCAAGGACGCUGGUUGCCGCUUCAAGGGAAAUAGAUUCUCGUUAGACAAACAUCUGGAGGAAUCCGCAAAGAUGCAUCUAAGUCUCAUGUGCAGUUUGGUGACGAAACAACAACAUCAAAUUACUAGCUUGAAAUCAGCGAUUAGCAAGCUAUCGUUAAAUUACACGGGCACGCUUAUAUGGAAAAUUACGGAUUAUGCCGCCAAGAUGUCGGAAGCAAAAGCGAAGGAAGGGAUGGAGCUUGUCAGUCCACCUUUUUAUACUAGUCAAUACGGAUACAAAUUACAGGCUUCCAUCUUCUUAAACGGAAACGGGACCGGAGAGGGCAGUCAUAUAUCGAUAUACAUAAAAAUCCUACCUGGCGAGUAUGAUGCGCUUCUGCGAUGGCCAUUCUCGCACAGCGUAUCGUUCACAAUGUUCGAUCAGACAGUCAUCGCGGAAAAGGCUUGCAACAUCGUGGAAAGCUUCAUACCAGACCCGACAUGGAAGAACUUUCAACGGCCGAGUCGUGAACCAGACUCUCUUGGUUUCGGUUUCCCAAGAUUUGUUUCUCAUGAAAUGGUAAAGAAACGACACUUCGUCAAAGACGAUACCAUGUUUAUUCGAGUUAAAGUGGAUCCUAGUAAAAUCGUAGCGGUCUAAGGGAAUGCAUUAACGAUUUUGAAGAAAUGUUAAUGUUUCUGCAAAUAGACAUUAUGUGAUAUUUCUGAGUACUCGCUUGACGGGACAUAUGGUACUUAUUAACGUCGUUUUAAAUAAUGCACAAUAGUUUAUUUUAAAUCGACUAAAAAUGCAAAUUAUAUUGCCGCCUGUCUGCGUCAUAAUAGGUUUCAUUUAUUCACUCGUGUUAUACUUGCCGAUAAUUGUAAUAAUUAAUUUAUUAACACUGCCAAAUGCGCAAUG